UGCUCAAAAGAAUUCAAAUGAACUUCAUUCUGAAUUGGACAAUGAGAGGGAAGUAGUUCGAGAAAUGAAGGAGAAGUUGGCAGCGACAGAAAAAAAGAUCGAAGAAUUCCUUAAGGAACGGGAUGAUUUAAUUUCUGGAAGAGAAAGUCUUACACAAGAUUUGGAAAAUGCUCAAAAGAAUUCAAAUGAACUUCACUCUGAAUUGGACAAUGAGAGAGAAAUAGUUCGAGAAAUGAAGGAGAAAUUGGCAGCUACAGAACAAAAGAUCGAAGAACUUACUAAGGAACGAGAUGAUUUAAUUUCUGGAAGAGAGAGUCUUAUACAAGAUUUGGAAAGUGCUCAAAAGAAUUCAAAUGAACUUCAUUCUGAAUUGGACAAUGAGAGGGAAGUAGUUCGAGAAACGAAGGAGAAAUUUGCAGCGACAGAAAAAAAGAUCGAAGAACUCAUUAAGGAACGAGAUGACCUAAUUUCUGGAAAAGAGAGUCUUAUACAAGAUUUGGAAAGUGCUCAAAAGAAGUCAAAUGAACUUAAUUCUGAAUUGGACAAUGAGAGGGAAGUAGUUCGGGAAAUGAAGGAAAAAUUGACAGCGACAGAAAAAAACUAUACAGUACUCGAAUCAGAUAACGCACUACUUCAUUCUGCCAAAACCCAAGCUCUUGAAAAAUUGUCAGAUGUAGAAUCAAGAUUGAAAUCUACAGCACAACGAGAACGUGACCUUCAGGA